AGUAAUCCAGUUAUGACAGCAGAGGGCACUGUCUUCGAUCCAGCAUCCUCAUGACAGCAGCCAGAAUUUGUUUUUUUUGUUGCGAUUGGUUGAAAGGCGGAGCUUAAGAAAAAUGGCGACCACCAAAGUGUUACACGUUGUGGCAGAUUCAGGGGCUUUUCUGAGGAACGCAGCGUUACAGGACAUCGGGACAAAUAUUUACACAGUGCGUGAGGUGGUGAGCGAGAUUAGAGAUAAGGAGACUCGCAGGCGACUAAGUAUUCUGCCGUAUCAGCUGAACUUCAAAGAGCCCAAACCGGAGAUCAUCCAGAGAGUGACAGAAUUCACUAAAAAGACAGGAGACUACCCAAGUCUGUCUGCCAUAGACAUCAAGGUUCUCGCUCUCACGUACCAGCUGGAAGCUGAACAUGUUGGACAUGAACAUCUUAAAGAAGAACCCCAGAAUAUGGUCUCUGUCAGCACCACAGUUCAGCACCCAGAAGCGCCUGUUAAUGUGGCCGGAUUUCAUUUCCCUUCAAAGGCCAAAGAUAAAAAGGAAAGUGUUGUGAAGACACAGGCUGAAGAGGAAAGCUGCAUAAAGCACCCUAACUCAGAGAAUUCAGAGUUUAACUCUUUCUUUUUCUGGAGGAGCCCUCUGCCUAGCAUUGAAGAGGACUUACAGACGCUGAUGCAGAAUGCACAGGCGGUGUCUGUGACAAGCAGCCAAGAUCAGGAAGCAUCUUCUCUCCAAAUAUCUGAGGAUCGGAAUGAGGCUUUGGAACAUUCAUCUGACGAUGACCAUUCCAAUGAGGAAGAUGUGGAUGAUGGAGAUGGCUGGAUUACACCCAGUAACAUUAAACAAAUUCAUCAAGAUAUGGGCAUCAGGGAGGCUCCAGUCAACGUGGUGGUUGGUUGCUUGACAACCGAUUUUGCAAUGCAGAAUGUUUUAAUUCAAAUGGGGCUUCAUGUGUUGUCAGUGGAUGGGAUGUUGAUUCGACAGACCAGAAACUACAUCCUUCGCUGCCAUGGUUGCUUCAAGACAACAUCAGAUAUGAGUCAAGUCUUCUGUCCUAAUUGUGGGAAUCACACGUUAAAAAAGGUGGCUGUUUCUGUUAAUGAAGAUGGCAGCCUUCAUAUACACUUUUCCAAAAAUCCCAAAGUUCUUAGCCACCGUGGAAUGCGGUACUCCUUGCCAGCACCCCAAGGAGGUAAACAUGCCAGUAAUCCACACCUAGUUGGUGACCAGCAUUUUCCACAGCAGCGCCUUUCAAAAAAGGCCAGAGGCAAGACUGAUGUAUUUAACCCAGACUAUAUUGCUGGAGUUUCACCCUUUGCAGAAAAUGAUAUUUACAGCCGUGCUGCCAACUUGCAAAUCCGCGAUGGGGCGCUUGGAGCUGGGCGCAGGCGAGUGAACCCAAAUGCACCCCGGAAAAAGGGUGUAAAGAAGAGAUGAGAGGUCUUCAAAUAUCAAUGUCUAGUUCUGCAGGCUCCUCUCAAUCAAAUAGUUGGGAAAGAACUUAUUUAUAAGGAAAAAACACAUUUGUGGUAUUUUGGCAGACCACAUUUGUCAUGGAGAAAGCAGCAAUAGUGUUAUAGGGGCAUACAUGAAGCACUCAAAUAAAAGGAUAUCAAGAUCUGUCUUUUUUUUUAAAUACAACUUAUUCAUUGAGCCUUCAAAGUUUUAUUUUCUAUUAUCAUUUAGGCUGUAAACACUUAACAAUUAAUUCACAGGCCUGUAGGUCCUCCAAGGUGCUUAUCAGUAUGUUUAACACAGUUCAAAAAAAUAGGAAGACGCUCACUGGGUCUUAUCUUCUUAACCUUUUAACCUAAUGAACAUAUUGAAGAGCACCCAGAAGGGCCUACAGGCCUGUGGAUUAUAAAAGUUAAUCAUCGUGAGUGCUAUACCACACCACAGUUGAAUGGGGGAAAAUAAUUAUAUAUAUAUAUAUAUAUAUAUAUAUAUAUAUAUAUAUAUAUAUACCCCUCAUAAACAAAAAAGCUUAAAAUAAUUAAUAAAGGGUUUUCAGCUGUGGGUAUAUACAUAGCUUUAUUUGCCCUGAACAUGUAUACGUGACACUGAAUAAGAAAGCCGAUAAAUGUUUGAUGUACAUUAUGAAUGUGAAUUUUUAUUUACUUCUAGAUAUAUUGAAGGAACAUCGAUUUCCAUUUAAAAGGUUUGAGUACUAAAAACCGUUGUAAUGCACUUCUAUUUUAGUUUUUUUAUUUUUACUGGUAUUUAUCUUUGAAAAUUGUGCUGUUUCUACAACCCAAGAGAGGCAGCUGCCUCUGCACCAUUCUAUAUUUUAAUUGCUUGAGCAGUGCAGGAGAUCAUGUACAUCUGUCCCUAUUUAGACACAGCAAAGGAGAUAAGAUAAAGAUACAAGAAUCUUUAGGGGUUAUGGUCAUCAACUGCAAAGCUAUGCAGUUUUCAUUUACAAGACAAUGCUAUUAAAAGAUGUUGUAUGCAGGUCUUUUGGAAAUUAUUUUCAUAUUCCUUUUAAUAACAAAUGCAAACAAUAAUAUAGUCCAAAACAAAGCCCUUGUCAGAAGGGUAUACAUUUUUUUUUUUAUUUAUACAUAAAUAUACCACACAAGUGAGAGGAUUAUUAGCGAAAAUAAGUCAAUUCAAGUUUCGUAGCCACAAGACUUUUGUCUAACUCCAUGUUCCUUCAACGUAGGCUUCUUUUAUGUAUGUUGCAGCACUAUUGUAUGCAAUAUCUGGAACUGUUCAGUACAGAUCCAUGCGUGUUGCAGUGAUGGACACGUGUAAAAGGAAGAGAGAGACGGCUGUGCGUAGUGAACGAGAGAGUUAAGCAGCAGAGACAGUUGACAGCGAGAGAGAGCAAUGGAACAUCAGAGAGCAGUUGAAAAUUAGAGAGGUGAAAAGCAGAUAGAUUACUCUGAGUUUAUGGUUAAUAAAUAAUGUACUUUAUUGUAAAGUGAUAUCUGUUGUGAGUAUUAUAUUUAUAUUACCAAAUAUCUUGCGGUUUGUGAGAGGUAGAAGAAAAACGCCUUUCAAAAUUUAAAAUAAAGAGGGCCAUAAAUAGAUGGAGUUUUCUGCCUAACUAACUUAAAAAAUCACCAGGUAAGACUGGUAGGAAUUACAGUUGAUUAUGCUUGGUAUAUAUUGUUAUCUUUGUUUUCAGCUCUGUUGCAUGUGAAGUUGUUAAUAACAGUGAUAAUAGCAGCAGCUAUUGUUUUUAUGCAUUAUUUUAUUUGAAAUAAACAGUUUGAAUGCUACAACCAAAA